GCUAAUGCUCCUCAGCUCUCAUCAACUCGACUGUCAAACGCCCUUUUACCGUAAACUGUGUUAAUUAUUUAAGUUAAAAUGCUUUAGCCUUUAAUAUCUGAACCUAAAGUGGAGACCAGUUUGAACCAGACUGCUGCAGACAUAAACAAGAGAUGAGUUUCGAGGCAAAGCGAUGUGGAGUUCAGUUCAGUCCCCCCUCUAUAGUUUUAAUUUACCAACACAAGGAAACUAAAAAUGUGCGAAAAAGAAUAAUACCUGUACGGAACUUCUCAAAGUAUUCUGACUACAGCAUGGCUGCAGAGAGGCUGAAGAACCACCCCCGGCACAGGGACUACCUGGAGGGUGUGUCACAGAGCCAGCUGGAGAAGCUUCACAUCAUCCUGCGAGAUCACAUGCAAGGCUACUCCUUGGAGCACAGCCUGGCCUCGCUCCGCCUGGACCCUGACGAAGACCUGAACAAACUGGACGAUGACGAGCUGGCUCGCAAGAAGGGCCAAAUGGACGAACUGUUCGAGAAGAAUCGGAGGCGCAAAGACGAUCCUGACUUUGUUUACGACGUGGAGAAGGAUUUCACCAAGACCGCCCAGGAAAAGUGCAGCUGGGAUGAGGAGUCUGAUGAUGGAUUUUGAAACUGUUCUUCAAUCCUUUGACCUUUCAGACUGCAAAUGACCUGACGUGAUGUCCUCUGAGAGAACAAGACAAUCUGCUGAGGUUUACUACAAUGUUUUACACAUGGUUAACUUCUGAUGUUUGGUAGCUUUUUCCAGGAUAUAUCUUCUUGCACACAGAUAGUUAAUUAGGUACACAUAUUUAAAAAUGCACCAACUGUGAUAAACUAUCUUCACAGAAGUUAUACUGCCCAGUUUUAGAGUGUCAUAUGACUUUAAGGGGUGGAAGGAAACUUUUUAAAAACUCUACAGUAGGCCUUUAUCUCAGCAUUUAAUUUUCUGUGAAGGCAGAAAACUAAAUGAAAUACUUCAAGUUUGGAGAACGGUGACGACCUGAAUACAAGCUACAUUUACAGAGCCUUCACUCUCUGCUUAACGGCAUCAGCCUGCAUUAGAAAAGUAAGCAGUUAAAACUAAAGCGCUAACAGGACAAUGGCCAUAUAAGAAUUUGUUCUUAAUUGCUUGCCUGGGUAAAUAAAGUUUAAAAAAAAAAAAUACACACUAGGAGAGAAUCAUAAAAAGUUGCUAAAAAUAUUAGUAAAACUAAUCCCUGAUGCAAUAUUCACAUGAAAUAAUCUGCUCAAGAAUUCAUCCGUAUCACUCCUUUUACAGACUUUGUGUUAUUGUGGUCAUCAUUUGGAUAAUUGUUAAGUUUGUCAGUUGCUUGUGCUGUCACAGACAUGCAUUAAAUAGAAUAUGAAAUAGCCUUGAAAUGUCAGUAAGUCAGGGAUCGUCACUUUAUAUAAUGAUAGAAAAGGAGUCCACAGGAAACCACUGUUCUAGUUUGUUCUACCUAAUAAACGUAUCAUAAAGUUAUAGGAGCUUUAUGCUGAAUCCAAAUGUCCACCCUCUGGGCUUGCAGACUGAGCCCUCGCGGACUUCUGUUGUAUAUGCUGUGACGAGUUCACCGUCAUCACGUAAAGUCUGCGAGGGCAGAGACAGCAAGCAGCUGAUAGACAGCACUCAAGACUGGUUUACUCAAUGCCAUGGAAACGUUCGAGUGACGAUUACAAUAAUUGUUACUUCAGUCACAUUCUGUCUUCUCAUCUGUCUGCAGAGAGGAUAAAAAUCUCAUGUAUGGGGUCAUUUAGUGAGUGAAUAAAUUAAAUUUCUGUAUAACGUAUAGACUGCAGACAUUCAAAUAGACAUGUUUGUAAAUAAGGACCAAGCUACGACUAAAUAAAUCUGGUAGGUUUUUUUCCGGCCACUUUUCUAGCCUAUAUAUUUAGCAUCACACUGCCCAACCUCUAGGGUAGGCUGCAGUAAUACAGUGCAUUUUGUUUCCCCCCCAAAAAACCCCUAAUAAACUACAUGAUGUCUGUAUUGCAGUGAAUUGUGUGCAGUUAAAUCAGUGGUCUGCAGAAAGUCCGCUUUAGGUCCUUUGUGACUGGAGGAAUAGUGAGUUUGGACAGCCCUAAGCACUGCCAGACUUACCGGGAACAUGCCUGUAAAGUCCGUGAGUCUGCAAGUGCGAGCAUUUGGAUUCAGCCUCAGGUACAAUUAGGAGUGGAUAGUUGAGAACAACGCCCACAGCUACAGCAGCUGAUCAGAACAUUCCCAAACAAUGACAGCAAUAAAGACAAUAGGUACCCCCAUGUCUUAUUUACCACUCAGGAUAAACCGUCACUUUAAACACAGAUCACAUUUCAUUUCAAACCGCAAUGAAUGAAAUAAUGCAUGAAUUAUAGUGAAUAUUUAUUUGUUAUAAAAUACUGAAUUUUACAAAAUACAAAGACUUUGGCUCUUUUAUUUGUGGCUUACACCUAAGUGAGUGAUAUUCACAGUUGAAUAUGAAAGAAGAUGCUAAAAUCCUAUUAAAUAAAAUUUGAGUGUACACCAAUAAGUAAGCAAUACAACAAAUAUAUCUUUGGAAAAAAACUGUGUCCACAAAAUAUUGUAUCAUAUCAUACAAAACAUAUAUGUGUGUAUAUAUAUAUAUAUAUAUAUUUCCAUAUAGUUUGAAGUGAUGCACUGUGGCAAAGUUUUAACGUUUAUCAUAAAACCAAGCCUGCAGGAUCAAACCUCUUCAGGGGAAAAUUUCAUUCAAAGUGCUUAAAUACCUCAUUCAGUUGAUUAGAGACACUGACUGACUGACUGACCAUUAGUACCACAAUACAUUCAAAAAGGUCGCAGGUUUCUUUGAAAAUCAAUAAACUGGUUUACAUUG